GAAGUUAGUGUUUUUGACUAUGGCGGAUACCAAGAGUACAGAUACUGAGACACUUGAAGAUAAACGAACUAAUAUAGAUGUUAAAAACCGUGAACGAUGUGUAUAUUUAGCAUGGGAUGAUGUCGCAUCAAAACUGUUACAAGAUAAAUUGUUAUUAACAGCCUUGGAGCUGCACACUGAGCUGGCCGAGGCGGGGUUCGAGCUGCCAAGACUGAGAGAUUACUUUUCAAAUCCUUCAAACUUCGAGCAGAACACCUCUAAGACACAUGUCGAAUUGCAAUCUUCAGCUCAGCAAGGCGGGCUGUUACUGC